UAAAGCCGUGGACAGGAAGCUCGUCUGAAGCAGCUGAUAAGCAAGCAGGCAGGCUCGCUCUGGAUGUUCCGGGCUCUGCCUGGAUUUUUAUCAGACCUUUUUGUAAAAAGUACGAAAACCGACGAUUACAUAAGCAGCGUGGCCAGUCACGAUUCACAGUGACUGAUGGAGCUGUAUUUUUGUACCGAUCGCUGUUUAUUUUCGAGUGAAUUGUAGGGCCGGUUGCUUGUGUCGGAGGAGCUCAGUAACAAUGAAGGCCUAGAGUCCAGAUCCGAGGGAUUUAAAGCUCACCUCUGCUACUCCUGGAUCAACAACACGCUCAGGCAUGGCUUCACAGCUGCAGGUUUUUUCCCCUCCGUCUGUGUCUUCCAGUGCCUUCUGCAGGGUGAAAAAAAUGAAAGUGGAAAGCUGCGCUUGGGAUGCAUCCAAUGAAGCGUACAGUUCUGUGGGCCAAGCGUAUAGCUUCAACCCCGCGGCAGCCCUUUCUUUCGGCACGUCCGGCCUGGUCUUCCCCCCGGCAUCACGGGGUCAGGUUGUGGUCCGUGCCGCAGACAGCACCGGGAGCCACCAGCGUGGAUCCAUCCGCAGAACCUCCCACAACAACCACCACUCGGAUUCCCACUCCUCCCGUGGACAGAGGUACGGCCUGAAACGGAAGAACGAGGAAGCGGAUGCUUCCGGAGGCGGGGGCAGCGGGAGCGGAAGCGUUCAGAUCUUGGAGGAGCUCUCGGCGCCUGCUUUCUCUGCCCGUACGGGAGGAACCGGAACCACCGCCCAGUCAAUACCCCACUCCGCCCCCACCACGAAGAGCAGCAGCUCCAAUGGGGAGGGCGACUACCAGCUGGUCCAGCAUGAGAUUCUCUGCUCGGUCUCCAACAGCUACGAAGUUCUUGAGUUUCUUGGUCGGGGCACGUUCGGGCAGGUGGCCAAGUGCUGGAAGAGAGGAACUAAUGAGAUUGUGGCUAUCAAAAUCUUGAAGAACCAUCCGUCAUAUGCACGUCAGGGGCAGAUAGAGGUGAGCAUCUUAAACCGGCUCAGUGCAGAAAACGCUGACGAAUUCAACUUUGUUCGUUCCUACGAGUGUUUCCAGCACAAAGGCCACACAUGUCUCGUGUUUGAGAUGCUGGAGCAGAACCUCUAUGACUUCCUGAAGCACAGUAAGUUCAGCCCGCUGCCCCUGCGGCACAUCCGGCCCAUCCUACAGCAGGUGGCCACGGCUCUGAUGAAGCUCAAGAGUCUGGGCCUCAUCCACGCUGACCUGAAGCCUGAGAACAUCAUGUUGGUGGAUCCCAUCCGACAGCCAUACAGGGUUAAGGUCAUCGACUUUGGAUCAGCCAGUCACGUCUCCAAAGCCGUCUGCUCGACUUACCUGCAGUCUCGCUACUACAGAGCCCCAGAGAUUAUUUUAGGUCUGCCUUUCUGUGAAGCCAUUGACAUGUGGUCGCUGGGUUGUGUCAUCGCAGAGCUAUUUUUGGGCUGGCCUCUCUAUCCAGGAGCUUCAGAAUAUGACCAGAUUCGGUACAUUUCUCAGACACAAGGGUUGCCUCCAGAGUAUCUGUUGAGCGCUGGUACAAAAACCAGACGUUUCUUUAACAGAGGACCAGACUCUAGCUAUCCACUGUGGAGGUUAAAGACCCCGUCUGAGCAUGAAGCCGAAAUGGGGAUCAAAUCCAAAGAAGCUAGAAAAUACAUCUUUAAUUGUUUAGAUGACAUGAUGCAGGUCAAUCUGCCCAGUCAUUUAGAAGGGACGGAUUUGUUGGCGGAGAAGGCUGAUCGUCGAGAGUUAAUCGAUCUGUUGAAGCGAAUGCUGAGGUUGGAUGCCGAUAAGAGAAUCACGCCGACAAAGACUCUGGCUCACCCAUUUGUGACCAUGAGCCACCUGCUGAACUUUCCACAUAGCUCACACGUGAAGUCAUGCUUCCAGAACAUGGAUAUCUGUAAGAGAAGGAACAGUAGCUACGAAAGUGGGAAAGCCCUGUUUGCUGCUAAUGCUGUUCCUGGAACAGCAGGAAACCUGACUGUGACUUUCAGCAGCCAGCUCAACCAGCACAGCCAGGUUCCAUCUGGGGGCGGAGCAGUUCCUCUCCUCAACUACCAACCGGCGCUUUACCAGCAGGCCACAAUAAACAUACCAGGACUGGCCCAACCCAGCAUUCCCUUGCAGACCCGACCCACUCAGCUGUGCGCUCAGACCGAACCUUUCCAGCAGACCCUCAUCGUUUGCCCACCAACUACUAUACAAGGGCUUCCAUCUUCUAGUAAGACAUCCAGCUAUAGAAUGGAGAACGGAGUUCCUGUUGUCCAGCAGAACCAGUCCUCGCAACCCCUUCAGAUUCAACCGAGCAUGCUUGCGCAGGGCUCCUGUACGCCUCUGAUGGUGGCCACGCUGCACCCUCACACAGCGGGAGUGGCAUCCCAGUACCCGCUGCCCCUGGCACUGGGCUGUGGGGCAGGAAGGCCUGCCCUACUGGAGCAGACAGCCACAGUGCUGCAGGCCUGGCCGGCGGCCACCCAACAAAUCCUCAUUCCCUCAGCGUGGCAGCAGGUGCCAGGCAUGGCCAUCCACAACUCAAGCCACCAGUCAGUCGUGACCGAAUCACCUCUGGAGGCUCUCCUGUCUGAAAGUUCAGCACAGAAAACACCAAGCUGGAGGGCAUCUCAGAGCGGUCAGCACAGCAGCGUUCUCCAGCAGAACCCGCACAUCCUGGCUGGUCUCGAUCCCGCUCAGACCUUGAGUCGAGGAACGUCAGCAGUCACACGAUCGCAGAAUAAGAGAAGCAGGAUCUGUUGUAACAAUGGCAGCAGCAGUUCUCUGGUGGGCUCCCAGGCAUACAGUGCCACCAUCACACAGCCCAUCAUUAUUUCUGACACCCCCAGUCCUGCAGUCAGUGUUAUCACCAUACAUAGUGAUUCUGAGGAGGAGGAUGAGAGGAAGUUUCACCCUGCUAGCUGUGGCCCCAGCCAGAGAACUAAUGUGAUCAGCUGUGUAACGGUCCAUGACUCCGACUCCUCUAAUGCCAGCCCUUUAACUCCCAAAGUCAAGAAUGGUCACACAGGGGUGCAGUCCUCACGCCUCUCUAAAUCCCUGGCAGUGGUAGCGCCAUCUGUGAAAACGCAGCCUGGGGAGAUCUCUAUAUCAGCCAAAGUCCCAUCAGCUGUAGGCCUCGCUCCGAACUACUACAUGAAGCCUAAGAGAGCCGCCACAAGACAGCCCAGUAGCUCAGGGGGGAGCGCUACUGACCACCAACAAGAUCUUGGCAGAUCCCAACCACUUAACCUCAGUCAGACCACUGUCUCCUCAUCGCAAGAAUCAAGCAGCGGCUCGUCUACCCUGCGUCGACAUCACACCUACCCGCCAGCCUCUUCUCAUUACUGUCUCCAAGAGGCGCCAUCUUUCACCAGCACCCCCAGUCUGUACACCUACCCCGCCCCUGGGGCCCUUAGCUCCGCCUCCCACAUGGAGCAUUUGCUCGUCCAAGGCUCCUCCCCCUCCAUACACAUCCCACCCUCUAGUCACUAUGCAGCCAGUCUUAUCCCAAAGGAUUCUUUAGGGGGCAUGGUCCACGGACUCUCCGCCCACUACCAGCAACAUUACCCCGCCCACCCUUACGUAACCACGAGCACCAGCACCACUAGAGGAAGCGGGACGUACAAUGGCUAUCAGCUCAGCCCUAGAAGAGUCGCCCAGUAUCCCUACAUAUGAAACGUACACUGAUGACAUUGGAUUUUAUGACCGAAAUAUUGCUGCGAUUGGUUUUAAACUCAUUUUAUUUAUGUCGAUUGUUUUAGAAAUAUAUUUUAGUCUGCAUCUGUCCACUCACUGAAAGGUCCAGUGUUGGGUUAGUUAAGGUUAUUUACUUAGUCCCAGGACUUCUGACAUGGUUUAAUCUCAAGCAAUAGCAGAAUAAUGUUGAAAUGCUGACAUAAGAAACGGGGGAUCGUGAUAACCGUAUAUUGUUUUAAACUAAAAUCCUUACACUAAUCCUUUAACCUCAUUUAUACGCCUUUGUUUUUUUCGAUUUUACAUUCGAUGUUGUUUUAUUGUAGGAUCUUAAAUUAUGUUUGAUUGUGAAGCUGACUGGUUUUCAACCACUUUACUGGAAGGUCAAGUCAUGAAAGAUGUGAAAAGGAAAAAAAAUGUGUGUACCCUUGUAUUGUUAUUUAAUUUAGCAGUGUAUGUUAGUUAAAUCAACGGCCUGGUAGUGUAGUAGAGCGUAUGUACUGAGAAGUGUAAGUGGAUAUGAUACAUACAUUUUCCUGUUUUAUUUUAAUGCUAGAAUUAUGUCAAGAUUAAAGCGAUGUGAUGUUAAGGCAAAAAAAAAAAAAAAUGUGCCGAUAGUUAACACAUCACCUAGAAAACCAUAAACGCUCACAGUUUUCUGACAUUGUGUGGUUUGCAGCAUUUGUGAGUAGUCUGCUUGUCAAACUAGAGUACACCAAAAAUACACUGUCCAUGAGCACAGAUCGAUGAUUUGAGGACAUUCGUGGGGCAAUUAUGCUAUUUAUAGAGGACAGUUAAUGUUGUGAUAUCUGAAUAGAUCUUUGAAAUUCUGCUUAAAAUGACACUGUGACUGACCGCUGCGGUCCUCUUUGUUCUGGUCUCAAUAACAUGAUGUGCCUUGACAUUCUCUUACACGUGUUUGGCAGUGUUUUUGAGUUCUGAGAGCGUUUCGCGUCGACCGAGAAAAGUACUGUAUACAUUUUGUAUAAUGUCAACAACCAAUUUAAACACCUCUGUUGUAAUGCCAUCCAAUAAACAAACAUCAAUUCC